UAGUUCAGUCGUGUUGCGGAGCGCAACGUAUUUGUAUCGCGUUAUUUUCGGUCGCGACCGUUUCCGCACUGUGUGUUUUCAUCCGAUGCCCAAUAUCGUGCAAAAACAAACAAAACCUCAAACGUUGUAAAAUUCGAAUUCGUUCCGUGAAUCAAACAACUCGUCCAUUUGGUCGACGUUCUUUAUUUCUCGAACUCCCGUUACAAAACUGCAGAAGUGACACACAUACGUACGGAGAAAAAGGGACGAGGUGGAAGACCGUUUACUCAAGGGAUGUGAAACUUCUACGAAAAGAUUUUUUUCCUCAGAGAGCAAAAGAAGAAAUUUUCUCAAACAAGUUACACCGUUUCACACCCACGUAUUCCACCUUGGUAUCAUGGCGUUGAAAAGACCAUGAACAUACUUUUGGGAGAGCCUUCUUUUCUCUUCAUUUUUACCAAGCCUUCACUGCGAGGUGUGUCAAUUUGCUUUACUCCGAGUGGAUGCAGUCCGUUGCAAUUUUAACUGUUAAAAAAAACUACGAUAGAAGCGGAAGGAGUUUGUACGGCGAUGUCGUUUAAACCAAUUUUCUUGUGAUCUGAGUGUGACUGUUUUUUUUUUUUUUUGUUGUCUCCCGUUCGGAAUAUCCAUUGUGAUCGCCGAGGUGUUCAGACGCAUGUUAAUUAAACCUGUUGCAGUUCCCUUUAUUUCCUUCGUCGUCAAAUUUUUGCUGGCCACUGUGUUCGGUAAGGAUGUGCGAAUGAUCGGAGCUGUGUUUUGAAAAAAUUUGUUUUGUGAACUUGAUACCGGAAGCCGCUAUAUUGGAGAGAAAAAAAGAGCACGGCGUGCCGCUGUUCUGUGUGCCGCGGCAUAGACGCUCAUCACAGCCUGAAAACAAUGAUGAGAUGAUCGCGAGUCUUCCAGUAAACAGCGGAGGCGGUGGAGGCGGCAGUGGAAGCAGUGGCGGACCGGGGAGUCGCGUGGGACGAGGUCUGGCGCUUCAUCGUUCGAAUUCCAGUCUCGAGCUGCCCCACAGUCCGGACCCAGCUUCUCGUGUUCCCGACACUCCACUUCGCCGAGAAUAUGGCUCCCAUGGAAGCAUCGAUGUCGUAGCUCAGUCGGUUCCGGUUGGAGAAAAUUUCUUCGCUAUGCUGCAGGAUUUUCGUUCACCUGAUCAACGAAACCCGAGUUCAAACGCGGAACUUCUACGACGUCUACAAGACGGCCAAACUCCGGAUACCGACGAGGUCUGUGGGCCGACCGGAUCCAGCCCGAAAUUAAGACUAAAACUUAAUCGUUUUUGGUCGGGAAAACCUCCAAGAGGAAUCGAUCAGGAACAGUGCCAAAAUCCGGCGAGCCCUCCGGUGUCCGCUGAUGUCGAGGAGAGACACAGAAGACGCGCAUUUGCUCAUUAUGAUUGCCAAUCUCUCACCGCUAAUCUUGGAUAUGCAGCGAAACUACGAGGCAUACUUUUGGCCAGAAGGCGAAAUACCGCGACUGGAGCUUCCGCGGCAAGUUCUCUCAGGGCUUCCACACCGGAUGAAACUCCGGAAGAUGAUUCUGGGGAUGGAAAAGGAAAUGAUCUUCUAGAGUCAUGUCCUUUCUUUCGUAAUGAAAUCGGUGGCGAAGGAGAAAGAGAAGUUGGUCUCACCCGGUGCCCCACUGCCAAUGGAGUUCAUCGACCCUCCUUAGCUUACGGAGUUUCAGUCUUGGAACCCCCUCCAGGGGAAACUUUAUGGAAGCACACUUGUCCACUCCAGAAAAGGCCCUUGCCAAUCGAAAGCGUUGAUGAUGGAGCUCACUAUUACCGAAGAUAUUUUCUGGGUCGCGAGCACCAGAACUGGUUCGGUAUGGAUGAACAGCUCGGUCCAGUGGCCAUCAGCAUUAGGAAGGAGUCAAAUCAGUACAGGAUAAUAGUUCGAACUUCGGAACUCCUCACUCUGCGUGGUACUGUCCCUGAAGAGGCAUUGGGAAUAAGACCUCAAGGAAGAUCCCCUAUGAGAGAAAUUCUCGAACUGGUUGCACCAGAAGUUCAACUCGGCUGUCUCAAGCUGGGUACACCUGCAGCUGAAGAAGCUGUAGCAAGAUUAGAUGAACAGGGUCUCUCGAACAAAUAUAAAGUCGGGGUUCUGUACUGCAGAUCAGGGCAAAGAACCGAAGAAGAAAUGUACAAUAAUCAACAUGCUGGACCGGCAUUCUUAGAAUUUUUAGACACUAUGGGCCAAAGAAUAAGACUGCGCGGAUUCGAAGGAUACAAAGCAGGCUUAGAUACCAAAACUGACUCGACUGGCACUCACGCGGUAGCUGCGAGUCACAGGGGCACUGAAGUGACGUUCCACGUUUCUACUAUGCUCCCUUUUACACCAAACAACCGACAACAAUUGCUGAGAAAAAGGCACAUCGGAAACGAUAUUGUCACCAUUGUCUUCCAGGAACCAGGCGCUCUGCCAUUCAGCCCUCGAAGAAUACGCUCACAAUUUCAACAUGUCUUCAUAAUUGUACGAGCAAUCAAUCCCUGCUCUGAAAAUACACAGUAUAGUGUAGCUGUUUCUAGAAGUAAGGAAGUCCCAGUAUUCGGACCACCGAUUCAAGCUGGAGCUACUUUCAGUAAAGGAAAAGCUUUUGCAGAUUUUAUUCUAGCAAAAGUAAUUAAUGCAGAAAAUGCAGCUCACAGAUCUGAAAAAUUUGCCACAAUGGCUACCAGGACUAGACAAGAAUACCUCAAAGACUUAGCUACAAAUUAUUCAUCUACGACCGUCGUCGACACUGGCCAAAAGUUUUCUAUGCUAUCAUUCAGUAGCAAAAAGAAAGCACCGGUUCGCCCUCGUCUGUCGUGUGAUGCGACACAACGAGGCGGGAUUUGUUGGCAAGUGAUUUUGGAAGAUAGCAAUCAAAACACAGACUGUUACUUAGGAAUAAGCGUAGACACUAUAGUUUUGAUUGAAGAACAUUCACGUCAAGUUGUAUUCGUAUCUCCCUGUGUCUCCGUACUCGGCUGGCACGCUCAGACAAACAGUCUGCGGAUCUACUAUCAUCAAGGCGAAUGUGUGACCAUACACAUCCGCGGUGAUUACGGGGAAAGAGAUGAGCUGAUGGAAAUCGUUUCAAGACUUCGUGCCGUAACUCAAGGAUUCCCGGCAUCUGAGUUAUCGCUCAAACGAAAUAAUCUAGGUCAACUUGGAUUCCACGUACAACCAGACGGUGUUGUGACCCAAGUAGAAAGCAUGGGACUUUCUUGGCAAGCUGGACUCAGACAAGGAUCGAGACUUGUUGAAAUAUGUAAGGUGGCUGUUUCAACUCUUAGCCACGAUCAGAUGGUCGAUUUGCUAAAAACCAGCGCUCAAGUCACUGUCACCGUAAUACCACCGAUGUCCGAUGGAAAUCCACGAAGAGGGUGCACGUUGCAGAACUGUCAAUACUUGUCAAACAACUAUGAAGGUGAUUAUGAAAACGUCACAAAUCCUGACAGCACUCCUACUCAACAAACUGCCAUGUCGCAUCAGAGACGUUACGAUCGGUCUUUCAGCCCUCCACGUUCAAGUAAUAGUUCUGGAUAUGGUACUGGCUCCAGUUCACGAUCCUUUAAUGACCCGAGAUUUCCUCUUGAAGGUACCAUGACCAGCAGCAGUAGCGGGCACAGCAGCGCUGAUGAUAGAUGGUACGAACUUCUGGAACCCCAAGAGCAAGAUACUAAUCCACGCAUCGAAGGUACGCCGCCGCCACUUCCCGCUAGGCAAAAUUAUCAAGCAAUAUCUUCAAACAAAAAUACGCCCGUUCAAAAGAAAGAAAAGGAACAAGGGCACUAUUCGACUGGGAAACACCUUUCUGAAAGUACAAGUAACAGCGCGAAACACCACAAUCACGAACAUUACUCCAAAGAGAGCAAUUACGUAUCUCAAAGAGUUUUAGAGACUAGUAGACAUGAUAAUUAUCAAAGAAUUGAAAACAUGCAACGAAACCAGGAGCCGACAUCGAACUAUGUCAAGCUUCAGAAGGAAAAAUAUGAAGUUAAGCAGGAAAGUUUGUAUGCAUCACAGAGAGAUUUACAUAAGAAUGAAAAUCAUGGACACCAAAAGUUGACUGUAUCAAAUUCAUUACCGCUCGCCCAAAAUGCUACAUACAGCCUCCCAAAGUCAGGAAGCAAUAAUAAUUUGGUUAGAUUUAUCGAUUACGAUCAGACCACAUAUGAUAAAGGAAAUGUAAAGUAUGAACAAGGUGGAAAAGGAAACGACCGAAACUCAAAGUUCGAAUUAUAUGACGUAAAAAUUAAUGAAAGAAACGGAAAAUAUGAUCAUCAUGAGAAUAAGACGAAUGACAAGAGGUCUUAUAACUACGAAUUUGACGAUACACACUCUGAGAGAAGGAGCAAAUAUGAAAUUGAAGCCGCUCAAAGCGAUAAUAAGUAUGGAAUCGAACUGCAACAUAAUGAUAAAAAAAUGGAUCAUAUCGAUAUAAAUAGGGAUAUAAUAAGAUAUGAAAUUCCCCAUGAGUUCAAAGUUGGGGAAAAGGUGACGUGCUUGAAAACAAGUAUCUCAGAAAGGCCAGUUCCUCAUAAGGUCAAUAUCGAAUACAGACAAAAAGAUAUCACCUCUAGUCUCCCUCCAGAAAUGAGGAUACCUGAUGGUAACUCAACCGACAUUUCUACUCUUCCAAGCGAAGACGAGCUGUCAAAUGGUUCAGGAAAUGUUUCCCCUCGAUUACGCAGGGCAAAUCGACAUCGGGGUGGAAACUUAACUCCUUCAAGUGGCAGUUCGAGGAAUCAGAGCCCAAGACCAAAACCUGGGGCAAGAAACUCACAUCGUAACUCGGCAAAUUUAUCAUCCAGCACAUUACAAGAGGAUUUGAUGAAAUUGAUAAAUCCUGAUUACAUUGCUGAUGAUAUGCAGCUGUCCAAUAAUCAUAUCCCAAAUAAUAAUGUGCCUACCAUGUUAUCCAACAACCAAAACUCAAACAAAGUGAACAACAAUUUGAUCGAGAUACAGAACCGUUGUAGGUCAAGGGAAAAUCUAUGUGGAAAUAGCACGUCGACAUUGAGUGUCUUGCCAACUACAAAUGGGCAGGAAAACGGGAACGUUUCGGAAGUAAUUUUGACAAUGGCACGACCUGCAACUGUCAUCUCUAACGCAAGUACAGCUUCCAGCCCUGCACCAAGUGAGAAUAAAUUAUCCAAGGAAGAAAGGCUUUCUCCACGUGUCACAAAAUCGCCUCACUCGACAUCAAAACCAGUAAACAAUUCAAACUCAAUGAGAGAUACCAAAUCACAGAUUGAUGGGGAAAUAGAUUGGCCCAGUCUUAUGGAUUCCACGAACAGGGCUAUAAAACAACUGGGUCAGGAUUGGCCCGAAGAAAGACUCAUCGACGGAGGUACAACCGUCUCGACAAAUGUUUGCGACUUGCAAUCCCAUCUUUCCACCUUAGAAUUACGAGUUGCAAGGGAGACCAGACGACGUCUUUCUUUGGAAGAUGAAGUACGUCGCUUACGAGAUGAAAACCGACGAUUGCAAGACGAAAGUCAUGCAGCUGCUCAGCAAUUACGACGGUUUACCGAAUGGUUCUUCCAAACUAUUGAUCAUCAAUAAAAUAUUGAUUUUAUAGUUGAUAUAUUGGCUAAGGUGGAUGCAAACUAUGAGUAGAGUAUUAGAAUACGAGUAAUUCAAUACGCAGACCAUACCCGUAUAGCAUUAUGUAGAUUGGAACCAUCCCCUACAAGAGACACACAAACCAGUUUAACUGGAGUAUAAUUUAUUCAGAGAUAAAGUCCACACAAAGAUCUAUGGGAAUACAAAAAACUUAAGACUGAUCAAAAAAUAAUAAUAAUAAUAAUAAUAAUGAAAUACAGUGCAUUACAUCAUAAAUGAUGACCGAUGCACCCAAUUAUCUAUCUUAUAUCUCUGCUUGAAUUGUGCAACGCAGCAAUAUGUACAGGUAUUAGGCUAGUUACAGAAAUCGUAGUAUUAUAACUUCUAUAACGUACUUGAAAAUUGAUUUCAAGUUUUAAAAUCGAAAAUUUUUCUCUUUAAAAACAUGGUAUGAUAAAGAAACCAAAUUAUGAUAUCGCACCGUUCUAAUGUUGAGAGUUAGGUAAACGUGCCAUGUUUUUGCAGACAAAUGCAUUUUUCUGGUGGCUCCUUUCUACGUAAUUUUUGCUCUGUCUUCGUAUAUUGUUCACAAUUGAUACUCUAAGAGUUGAAUAAUAUUAAUCUACAGCAAAUAAAUCGAAAAAUACACGUUGCAAAUAUUUGUUUAGGAUAUGUUACAUUAUAAAGAAAAGAAACCUCUCUGUCACCGCGAGCAGCAUUGUAAUCAAUUACUUUAAUUAUUAAUGAUUAUUUAUAAGCUAUUUUAUUAAUAAAUAUGUAAAUACAGUAUUAAAGGCAAAAUUCAAAGUUUAAAUAUGAAACAAUGGUCGAUUUAGAAUCCAUUCUGUCCGCAACGCAGGUGUUGUAAGAUUAGAUUGUGAUGUACUUUUAAUGGAGUUCGAAACUAAUCGUCGGUCAGCAAUCAAACCAUUACAUGGAUAUCAAAGACCAAAUAAUCAACAAGUUUAGUAACAUGUUCUCUUGAGCCGUCGCUCAAAAUAUGAAACUGCACUUAAAGUUUUACUAUUACCAUGAUAUAUUAUAGCAUUUUUUUCGCUACAAAGCGGCAACGGUUUACUCAUUGUAUUCAAAGUCAAAUACUAAUUUUUAUCUGAUUCCAUAAUAGGACAUCAUCCGUUUACCUUAUAUCUUAAUAAUCCUGCCAAACAAAGUUAUUCUGUGUAUUAAUCGGUAUAGUACUACAAAGGAAGUUUGCGAUUUGAAAGAAAUUAGCUGUUUAUGAUCACAUCAUUAGAAAACCGUCCGAUACAUGCUGUAACAAGGUAACACCAACACAAUGUGACUGAUCAACCCUAAAGAAAACUUGAAUUUUGUUUUGUAACAUAAUUUAUGGAAAACGAAAGGAUAGAGAAGUAUGAUAUACAUUUUAAGUUACCAACACACCGUACUCCCUUGAACGCGGUAUGUGCACUGAACUGAACAAAUCCCGAUAAUUAUUUCAUUCUUCUGAUCGUUCUGGAGUUUUUUGUCGUUUGUAGUGAAGUAAAGAGUGGAAUCGUAUGUCGAUUAUCUCAUUACUUUCGUUGGACUUAGUUAAUUCCGAGCACGAAUAAUGACGGUUUUGGUUGAAUUGAAUGAAUCACUAUUCGUAAGCUUUCAAUAUUAACUUGAAAGCUACCAAUGACCAAAUAUUAUUGUUAGAUUAAGAAUUACUCUACAAUUGAUACGUAAUUUAUUUAAAUGUUUUAUAUAAUCAUUCAACGCAUUGUUCUAACGUUAGAAAUCAUUUUAUGUCACAAAGAAAAUAAAUUGCUAUUUCAGGACAUUCCUCGUGCCUACGAAUAAUAAUAAUAAUUAUAAUUAUAAUUAUAAUAAUAAUAUAUAUUCACCGAUGGUUCACAUUACUUGUUUAGCACCUAUCUCCAAUUACAUACACAAAAAUGUCAUUUCUUAAAAUGUUGUAAAUGAUACAAUAAACGAUAUGUAUCCUGAA